CACAGUACCAGAUAUAUAAUACAUUAUACCAUCAAUUUAGAAUUUAGCUCAAUUAUAAAGUGAAGUACAUUCAUUAAAAUCGGUUAUUGUAAAAAAAUAAUAAUAAUAUUUAUCACAAUUACCAUUUUCAUUAUCUAGACCAGUGACAAUGACACAAUAAAAAAGUCAAUUAUUGAAUACUGAAUUUUACAAAAUUACAAACUGGACAAAUUACAACAGUGGAAAGUUGAAACUUAUAGCCAUUAGCUUAAAAUUACAUCUUUAAAAACGUACGUACCUAUUAUAGAAAUGGAUACAACAUUCCUGCCAGAAUAUUUAGAUUUACUGGUGAAAAAUUGGCUUUCGUGGAAUCAAUCACAACAGUACUCUGUUGAGCUAGCAGAAAUAUUGGCACAAAAAAAUGUGGAUAAAAUAAAAAACAUGUUUGAUGGACGCCUGUCAUUUGGAACGGCGGGCCUAAGAGCAGCGAUGGGGCCGGGUUUCAAACGUAUAAAUGAUCUGGUGGUCGUACAAUCCGCGCAAGGGCUUUUGUAUUACAUGUUGAGCGUCUUUGGGGAUUUGUUAAAAACAUCUGGUGUUAUUAUUGGAUACGACGGAAGAUAUAAUAGUAAAAGAUUUGCCGAAUUAACAUCACUCGUUUUUUUAAGACAAUCUGUCAAAGUAUAUCUUAUGAAUGAAGUUUGUCCAACUCCAUUUGUAGCUUUCGGUAUUAAGUUAUACAAAUGUUGUGGUGGAGUAAUGGUGACUGCUUCACAUAACCCUAAAGAAGAUAACGGUUAUAAAGUAUUCUGGAAUAAUGGUGCUCAAAUCAUAUCUCCAGUUGAUAAAAACAUUCAAAAAAGUAUUACUGAACAUUUAGAGCCUGAAGGUGUUUGGAAUACUGAAGACAUUUAUAAUAAUAGUUUGUUAGUUAAUCCAUUAAUCGAUUUGCAGAAACAUUACAAUAGUUUUAUUGACAAAAUGUUGUUUCCUAACUUGGAUAAAAAGAAAACAAAUAUCAUUUUUACAUAUACACCUAUGCAUGGUGUAGGCUAUCCUUAUAUAAAAAAUGUAUUUGAAAAUGCAAAAUUCAACCCAGUGAUAGUUGUUGAGCAACAAAAAGAUCCAAACCCAGAAUUUCCAACUGUUCCAUUUCCAAACCCAGAAGAAGGCAAAAGUGCAUUGAAAUUGGCAAUAGAAACAGCUGAAAACAACUGUAGUCGUAUUAUAAUUGCUAACGAUCCUGAUGCCGAUAGAUUAGCCGUAGCAGAACAUCCUAUAGGUAGUGAGGGCUGGAAAAUAUUUACUGGAAAUGAACUUGGUGCUUUGUUAGGAUGGUGGGUGAUUCAUUCGUAUAAAAAAAUUCACGGUAAAACACAUCCUAAAUUGGUUGUACUAUCGAGCACAGUAUCAUCUGCUAUCCUUAAAUCUAUGGCUAAAAUUGAAGGCAUCAGAUUUGAAGAAACACUCACUGGAUUCAAGUGGAUGGGUAAUAGAGCCGAUCAGCUCUCUGCUGAAGGAUACAAUGUAAUUUAUGCCUUUGAAGAGUCUAUUGGUUACAUGUGCGGCAGUGAGGUCUUGGACAAAGAUGGAAUAUCUGCUGCUGUUAAAAUUGCAGAACUAGCUAUAUAUUUAGAAAAAGAAAAUAGUACAUUGUCCUCAGCUUUAGAAUUUAUAUACAAACAAUAUGGUUGGCAUUUAUCUGUAAAUUCGUAUUUUAUAUGCAACGAUAGCCUGACGAUAAAGAAAAUAUUUGAAUCAAUAAGGCAGAUUAAUAACCAGCCUAACAAUUACCCAAAAUCCAUUCUUGGAGGACGAUAUUCCAUCAAAUCAGUUCGAGACAUGACAACUGGAUAUGAUUCCAGUACAAUAGACCAUAAACCAGUAUUGUCCGUAUCAAAGUCAUCUCAAAUGAUAACAUUUAAUUUUGAUAAUGGUUUAAUUGCUACAUUACGAACAAGUGGAACAGAACCCAAAAUAAAAUAUUAUGCUGAAUUAUGCAGUGAUCCAGAAAACUCUUCUGAUGUUAAUAGAUUGAAAAGUGUUUUGAAUGAAAUGGUUGAAGCAAUAAUUGAAGAAUUUCUAAAACCACAUGAAAAUUCUCUAAUUUUUCGUAGCAACUAGUUAAAGUUAAACAGACAUUGCUCAGAUGAUUUUCUACAUUAAUUUAUGUCUUACUUAUUUAUUAUUUAACACAUUCCUACCUUAUAACAUACACUUUGUUUUUAAAAUUUAAAAUAGAUUCAUGGUUGUUAUAAACUUAGUCUUAACAUAAAAUUAAACUGAUAAUUCAGUACCUAGUUAUGGAAUUAGAAGUGAAGAGUAAACAUACUUAAAUCAUUCCAAUAAAAAUAAUAUAAUCCAAGAUAAUCCAA